AUGUCGGAUCAAAUGAAUUUGGUUCAUGUAAAUAUAAGUGUUCUCAAUCUCCAGAACAACAGCUUCCACAGUGGCAUCCCUUAUGGACUUGGCUACAUGCCUCGCUUGCGAGUUAUUGAUGUUAAAAACAAUCAGCUCAACAGAAGUAUACCAACAAGUCUAUUUCAAAACCGGAGAGUUCAAGUAAUUUCAUUGGCUUUCAAUGAACUCAGUGGUGAAAUGUGGAGAGGCCCAUGGUAUGUACCCGAACUCAGAGUCUUAAAUCUCGGGAACAAUAGGCUCACUGGUAUAAUCCCUCCUUAUGUUGGAAAUGCCACAAAAUUGAUGAACAUCAAUUUGUCUGGGAAUAGGAGCAAUGGUAACAUUCCAAUGGAGAUCAGUAAUCUUAGCCAACUUGCAUUUUUGUCCUUGUUCGAUAAUCAAUUAACAGGUUCCAUUCCUCCAACACUGUUUAAUAGCUCGUCACUACUUGGCAUAUCUCUGUCAUUCAAUGGCCUUUCUGGUCCUCUCUUGCUAGAUGAAGGGAAUAUUGGGCAAAUUCCUCAAGAAUUAGGGAAGCUAUCAAAUUUGAGAGAAUUAAGCUUUGCCAAUAAUUCUAAUCUUAUUGGUCAAAUUCCAGAGGCUAUUUUCAACAUAUCUUCUUUGGAAGUGAUCAAUUUUAGUUUCAAUAACCUCUCAGGGAGAAUUCCAACCACUACAGUUCUUCAUCUUCAGAACCUUAAAGAACUUUACUUGGGAGACAAUCAGCUUGAAGGGGAAAUUCCAUUGUUCAUAACAAAUGCUUCCAAGCUUCAGAUACUGGUGCUAAAUGAUAACUCUCUCAAAGGAACUAUUCCUAACAAUUUGGGGAAUCUUUGUGAGCUACAAAUACUGCUCCUACAUACUAAUCAACUUACCAAUGAACCAAGAGAGCAUGAGUUGAAAUUCUUCAAUUCUUUGGUGAACUGUAGGAUGUUGAGAUAUCUAGAAGUGGGUAACACUCCAUUGAGCGGCGUUCUACCAAAUUCUAUUGGGAAUCUCUCAUCUACUAUUGAAAAAAUUCAUUUAGUAGAUGCACACAUCAAUGGCCUCAUCCCCACAAGUGUAGGCAACAUGACCGGUCUUAUAUCCAUAGACAUUCAAGACAACAACUUGGCAGGGAAUAUUCCUUCUGAGUUUGGUAACCUUAAACAACUCCAAGGGUUGUAUCUAAGUAACAAUAAAUUGCAGGGACAUAUUCCAGAAGCGGUAUGCCAUUUAUCUAAUUUGGUUAAAUUAACUCUGCAAGUUAAUGAGCUCUCUGGAUUAAUUCCAGAAUGCUUUGGAAAUCUUAGCAUGCUACAAAAGCUUUAUUUGGAUUCUAAUAAAUUUUCAUCAAAAUUUCCGUUGAGCCUUUGGAAGAUGAGUGGUCUUCUCUAUCUAAGUGUGUCACGAAAUUCAAUAGAGGGAGAAGUUCCAUCAGAUAUUGGAGGAAUGAAAGCCAUCUAUACUAUUCCUAAGUUUUUGGAAAAACUCUCAUAUCUUAAAACCAUUAAUGUUACAUUUAAUGAUUUAGAAGGUGAAAUACCGAGUGGUGGCAUGUUUGUAAAUUCCACUUUGCAAUCAUUUCUCGGGAAUAAAGGUCUUUGCGGAAUGCACAUAUUGGAGAUUCCUUCUUGUGCUAUCACUAAUCCUGGAAAACAAUCAAAGGUUAAGGAGGUUGUGCUAAAAAUUGUUACUCCAGUGAAGAAAGGAAAGUCCAAAGAUGUUGAAAAGGUACUGGAGAUUAGGACUCACCAAUUAGUUUCUUAUCAUGAGAUUCAACGAGCAACAAAUAAUUUUGAUGAAUCCAAUUUAAUUGGUGAGGGAAGCUCUGGCUCUGUGUACAAAGGCAUUUUAUCUAGUGGAACUGUAGUGGCCAUAAAGAUUCUGGAUUUGGAAAAUGAGCAAGUUGUAAAACCUUUUCAAUAA